CUAAUCUUCAUGGAUCCUGUGUUUUGUGGAAUGUAACACACUCAGUUUUCCGCCAUGUACGAGGAGAAAAUAGUUUGACGGUGGAAGGCCAGGAAUGCACUGACUUGACACUGUGAACUAUGAGCGGACGCGGGGACGAGGCCGGCGAGAGCUCCCAGGAGCCCGCAGGGGCCGCGGAGCCCCAGAAGAGGAGACCGGGGAGACCGAGGAAACUCCAAAAAGAGCCGAGCGGCGAGCCCGUCCCCAAGCGACCGAGGGGCCGCCCCAAAGGAAGUAAGAACAAGGGCCCCUCGAAGGCAGCACAGAAGAAAGCUGAGGCGACCGGGGAGAAAAGACGCAGGGGGCGACCCAGGAAAUGGCCACAGCAAGUCGUCCAGAAAAAGCCUGCUCAGGAAGAAGAAGAGGAGGAGGAGGAGGAGGAGGAGGAGGAAGAAGAGGCUGGGGAGUCCCCGGAGGAAGAUUAAGCUUCCAUACCAUGAAACCUCUACCUCAUUCAGCUGUCAGGUCUUUCAAAGGGAAAAGACUACCUUGACCACUUGUUUUUUUUAACCUUUUCCACAUCUCAUUUUACUUUUACUUCAGUCCGUAUCCAGUGUUUUGCUUUGUCGCUGGACGCAGGGACCUGUCACCGAGCAGGCGAAAGAGGUUUCCCUUCCAGUUUCCGCAACGUGCAGACACACCUUUUGGCACACUUGGAGACGUGCCUGCGCUUAACGCUCUCCCAAACUAUAUAUAUUUUUUGUCAUUUCGAAAUGCAGAACGCAGGUCUUCUAUUGCAAAUUAUACCCAAACUGAUGCAUGACCACCAAGGACAGGGAGACGCACAUUUUCCUCAGGGCAGUUUUCUUCAAAUAUUCUUGAACUAAAGGCAAGCUUGCUAAAGUUGUUCGCUCAGGUUUCCAAACAAACAAAAUAUCACGUCACACUAUCUUUACAUAUAGUGAACUCCAACAACAAAAAUCCGCCCACUCAAAAUCAAUCGUAAUCGGACAAAAUCUGUGGAUUUGUGAUCAUUAAUAUUUAACAGGUUUAAUGUUUACAUUGGGGAGGACAAACAAACUAAAAAAAAAAUCACUCUUAUUCCACCGCACACCAAAGGAUAAUCGGUCACGAUAAUCUUUCGAUAUUGCCUAAUCUAAUCAAUAUUGCCUUUUGCUGACUGGGAUUGAAAGAGAGGAAAAAUGCGCUAAUUCGGCCUGGUUAUCGGUAUUUGUGUAGCUAGGUUAAGGGAAAACAUUUUUACUAUUAUGCAAUUCAACUGUUAUACCCCAUUUGAAUUCAUUGAAACUAAUUCACAACCGGAUCGAUACUCAUACCGACACCAACACUUCGUAGAAAAAUGAAAAUGGGUCAGGUUGUAUAUUUACUUUGACUAAUUUUAACCCCCAAAGAAAAAUCUCACUUUAAUAUAAUACAAAAUAUAUAUCAUUGCUGUCGAGUGGAAUCCUCGCAUCAAAAUGGGCAGAUUUUUUUUUUUAGUUAUUAAUCAUUGUAUUGUUCAAGCAAGCAAUCGGUUGAACACUUUAGAUUGCUUGAUCAUUUGUCAAAAUAACAGACCCGUGUGGGGCUCGACCAAUAGUAUCGAUUUAUGAAAAAUGUGAAAUGCCUGAAAGCGAUGAUAUUGUUUCCAUUCUGUCUCCCAACCCAUUCGUCGUCUAAAAUAAUGAGCUUAAAACAUUGACAAGAUAAUUAUAAUCAAGUAUGAUAUUCUGAAGAUUCCUAUGCCUUAAAUACAUUUUUAAAGCUUUACUUUUCAUUGACUUUAGGUCAUACCCUGGUCUCAUUUUUUUUUUUGCGUUUUGCUUUAGUUGCCCUGUUCUUGGUGGAAUCGCAAACCUCCGGUUCGCCACAACCAAACUCGUUUGUAUCCAAGUACUGUACGCGUCGUUUAUUCAUUCAUGGCUUAAGUUGUUUGCCGAUGCGCAACAUAGCUUUAAACCUUCAUUGUUCAAUGAUGCACUGCAAAUACACUCUGUACUGUAUAUCCUCAGACGGUCCUGCCUUGCAAAAUAACCUCAAGAUAGAACAAACACUUUACCUCAGAACACACGCCAUACCUGGAUUUUUAAGUGGCAGCGUAGCAUCGGACAUCUCAUCUCACACUGUAACACGCAAGGGGAAACUUGCGUCGAAAUAAAUCUGCUUUGCAUGUCAGUGCUUUGUGGUCACUGAUGCGCGGCAACUUCUCAGCAGUUUUUUUUUUUUUUUUUUUUUCCCAAAAAAAGAAAAAAGAAAAAAACUACCUCCGACUCAGCACAAUCCGCUCUUGAAUAAUGCGCGCUGUCGCCGAAGCACAUUCGAAGCGACGCACAGGAAGGCAGUGUGCGUUCACACGUUUGUGUUGGAACUUACUUUAUUAUACUGUGUAUUGAAAGCGAGGUCAUGCUUGAAGAAACUGCAUUUUGUCUGCAACUGUUUUGUUUUUCGAUCAGGUGCAUCCGGAGUGAUCGAUGAAGAAGCUCAAGUCAGGUUGGCCGAGCAAAAUUCAGCGGAAUAUCUAAGGUUGAAUGCAAUUGUAUUUGUUUUAAAUCAGAAUGGGCAAGUACCGAUACCAGGUAUCGGUGUUUGGUCGAUACCGGCCUUAUUUCAAGAUAUUGGGUGCUCGUGAAGGCUGCCGACACCAGCCACCGAUACUUAAGGUGAAAGAAUUGGACAGAGUAAGUCCUCCUCGCCAGUAGCUGGCGCUACACUGCGGCGGUUCGACACAUCGGCGAAUUAUCGAAUCAAUCAAUCAAUCAAUGAAAUUGUAUUUGUUAAAAGGGUCAUAAAAGGGGCGUCCGACUUUAGAUGUCCCACUGUAAUGUCUACUUUUUAAACCUACUUCGCUACCUGACAUUUGCUUCUUUCGCGAUACCUGGUGGAAAGAAAAAAAAGUCAGUGGUCUGUUUUUAUUUACUUAAAACCCAAGCAGCUAACAUGUUCAUUUAUUCCCUUUAAUGUUACUCUAUAUCGACACAUAAUGCAACAUUUUUCCUCAUUGACAAACUGGGAUUUCUGUUUGACAAUAGUUAACUUGAAUGUUUGUUUUUUUUUUUUUUUUUUUUUUCUCCAAUGGGUAGAGCUAUUUUUUUUUCUUUUCCUGAUUGUACUACCUAAAGUAAUGAAUGGACCGUACCUCAAAAGUGUCAGCUAACAAUGGACUAAUCAAUUCACUACCUCCAGUUUUGGUCAUGCCGGUUUACUUUCAGUAUGAGCAAUGCUGAUUUAUAUUAAUAAUCUCCAGUAUAUCAGGACUGCAGAAGCUCCUCAUUUGAAAGUGCUUUGUCUAAUCUCAGUACAUUUCUCACCCUCAAGUGGCUUUCAGAUUUGAAUAUUGUAUAUUGUAUUCAUGACUAUGUUUUCUUGUUUUGAAUUAGUUGGUAUACUUGAUUAGGUGUCUUGUGUACGCAAAGGUGAUUUAAUAUUUUUUUUUUCUUGUUAUAUGGUUAAACCAGAUGUAUACGGGAUUGCUUUUUAUUUUGGGAGAUAUUAUUAUACUAUUUUUCACCCAAGGCCAGAGGUAGAGGUUCAGAGGAGCGUCAUCGAUCCUUUCAAUCCGCCUUCAUGUGCAACAGUCUAUUCUCGCGUCAAAUAUGACACUGUGUAAAGCGUGGUGUGUUAUAUAUACUCAAUUGGAGGUUCUGCACGACAAAUGAAGUUUCGAAGAAUAGAUCAGGAAUGAUUGCGGGUCAGCAAAUGCUACAGAAUUCAACCCAAAUCGACGGAUUGGAUCCAGCUAAGUUGUUUGUAUACGGACCACGUAAAUUGAUUUUCUUCAACACAGUAGGUUUUUCAUUGCUGUUAACUCAGCCUUGUGUUCAUCCUACAACCCAAGAGGUAAUCAAAAAUGUGGCAGUGGUUUGAUUCCUAAAAUGGAUAUCACUGUAACAACCCACAGUUUGAAAAUUAACACUGUUUUUAAAGAUAGGAAAAAAAAGGUUAAGCUACAUUCUGCACAGUUUGAACAUUUAAUUCAGUAAUUCUUUCACGUACCACUAGAGGGAGCCAGUGUGCCACACUUUGGGGAUUACUGUUUUAUUGUACGUAAACAUCACUUUAUUUGCUAUAUAACGUUUUACACUUUUGAAUGCAGAUAGCCAAGAUUAAUUUGAAACCUUAUAACUCGCAAAGAUUUCUUUGUUUAAAGCUCCUGAUAUUACGAAGAAAAACAAACAGGAGGGAAGAAAAGUCCUAAUAUCACAAGAAAAAAGUGUGAUUAUAGAAAGCAUUGAGAUUUACAUGACAAACAUAUUACGGUAACAAUGUUGAGCAAGAUAGAAUGACUAAUCCGAUAACAAUUUAAGGUUAAGAAAUUAGUGUAACUUUAUUCAUGUAAUGUGAUUUUUUCCCUCAUAUUUCAAAUUUUCAGAAAAAUAUUUUGACUGGUUCUUAAAAAAACUUUAUUCUUGCUAUAUUCUGACAUUUUCCUCAUAUUAUUUUGACUUUUUUUUUUUAAUGCAACUUUUUUUCUAAAAAAACCCCAAAACAAAACAUUACCAGUAAUUUUUAUAUACUAUAACAGUAACUUCUUUUCUUGUGAUAUUACAAACUUUAUUUCUGGAAAUAAAUAUGGCUUUAUUCUUGCGACAUUCCAAAUUCUCAGAAAAAAUGUACAAAGCUAUUGCUGUAAUAUUAAGACUUUCCUUCUAAAAGACUAAAUGUAUUCCCUUGAAAUUACAACUUUUUUUUUUGUAUUUUAUUUUAUUUUUUUUUAAGUGAGUUUAUUCCCGUAAUACGACUUUUCCUCGGCAUCUCUUCAUUAAGCCUGAGAACAUGCAGCUGAAUCCACUCCUGUGUAGAUCCUCUCUCACCCAAAAUAUACCAGUACUUGCAGCGUAUGUUACAUGAAGACUGCCUUACAAGCUGUUUGACUCAGAUGAUUGUUGAAGCCACUGUGGAUGAACUUUCAGCUCUGGGAGUCUUUAUAUUAAAAAAAAAAAAAGAAAAAAAAAAAAGUUACUUGUCAUAACUUUCAUAUUCUAGUACAAUCAGAUACACAUUACUACCUCUCAAAAGGCCUGUUUUUUACCUCAAUAUCAAACCUAAAUACUGUUUUGACAUCCAGAGAACAUUGGGUGAACAUCUUGAAAUGUUUAUUUUUUUUGCCGGGAUACAUUCUAUGACUGUUUUUCUAUUCACCUCAACUGAACUUGUAACUUUUAUUGUGUACUAGAAGCUGCGAGGCACGUGGUUGGAUUUUUCCGAUUUUUUUUUCUUCGAAAGCAUCUAACACUUAAAGUAUCUAACUUUUUUUUUGUUUUUUCCUAUCCACUUCCUGUCUUGGAUUACACUACAACUUUUACUCGCUUGCUAAAAGUCUUUAUAGAUAUUCACUACGUUUUAUUCAGCACAAUAAAUAAAUAAUAAAAAAAAAAGUAUGGCAUCCAGAA